AAGAAGCAUUACCGUCGGCCACGCAGGCGACCAGCGCAGUUGCGCACCAAGACUGGAUGUUUGACUUGAAAAGAAAGAAGAAAUGUGACGAGACACCAGUGACUUGCAAGAACUGUUCUCGGGGAAACCAUACAUGUGCAUGGCCAUCCGAGUCCAGCCGUGGUGGGCCUAGUAGACUAAGACACGUCUCGAGCUCGACAGAGGUGUCCAACCAAGGAGCCAGUCCGGGGAAAUUAUCCUUGUCACCUUCUACUAUUGAAGUUAUAUCGCAUAUCGAGUCCAAUGAAAAUGACAAUCAUGGGCAGACAAACAUGGGCAUGGCUAAUCUAUGCAUCUAUACACCAAGCCCAUUCACUCCAUAUAAUUCCAUCAUAUCUCGCGAAAGUAUUCCCUUAUUCGAAUUCCUGAGAACCGCAUUCUUACCCACUCUCAUACACCCAAUGUCCCACCCGACCACGAUCGAAUUCGUCAAGCAAGAAAAGUUACAAUCAGCCUUCAGCACCCCAUUCCUCAUGCACGCCCUUCUAGCAUGCUGCGGAGCGGAAUUCCCGGCGGAUGAUAUACGCUAUCGCAGGAUUGCGGAGGGGCACUAUGCGAAGGCUAUUGGUGGGUUGCGGGAGCAUUUGGACAGUGGCACUGAAUCGAUGGUGAGACCGAUUGUGCUCUUGAUGGCUGUCAUUGUGCUUUGCAUAUACGAGCGAUCAAAACCUCGUCUCUCCAGAGGCGUUGACGUCCAUCUUCUCGGGGCAGCCCAGUUAAUCCAGCUGCACCUCAAGCGGGACAAAGCAUGUGUACUUUCAAAAUCAGACACGACCAUGCUCCAUCUCAUGCUCGAGGCUUUCAUAUUCCACGCUACAACCAGCAUCCCAUUCCAGCAGCCUUUGGUGCAGUCCGCAGUUAUCGAUUCCACCUUUCCACUAGCUGAGCACGCGUUGGAGGAGUCGUCCUGCCGUUCUGAAACAUGUCUCUAUGCUUCUUCGAUCAUUGGAGUCCCGCCGAAGUUGUUUGGAUACAUUCGCGAAAUAGUCUUGAUGCAUCAGCGGCAUUCAGUUGAGGGUGUUGAUAUAUUGCGAUGUUACGAACUGGAACUCAUCCUCGACUACUGGGAUGGGAACCAAACUUCGCUGCCUCGUAUUCUGUCGUAUCACGAGGCAAGUCCUGGAACCCUAUCACUAGGUCCUAAGCUCUACAUCUUGGCAUCAAGAAUCCUUCUUAAAUGCUUGAUAAAUCUCUCAUCCAGCCCAACCAGUAUAAAAAUACACACAGAUACACACAUUUCAUCGCUAGUCUCCGAUGGGGUUUUCUUUAUCACUCAAUUGCAACCAUCUAAAGACUACUACGCCGAGUAUUACUGCUGGCCGAUUCUGGUGGUGGGUAUGUCGACUGUUGAUCAGCUCGACCGAGAGUGUCUGUUAUCACAGAUCAUGGCAUUUUGGAAAGCAACUAGGAAUGGGACAAUGAGGCGGUUGGUGGAUAUAUUGACAAGGUAUUGGGGAGAUGGAUAUAUGGGCGUGGAUAUUUUCGGGACGCAAAAUUGCCUGAAUUAAACUCUACUUUGGUACAUGAGAAGCCUGAUAGAUAUGCUUUAGAUUUUCCAUUUCCCUCAUAGAUAUCGAUUAUCAGCCCUAUUGACGAAUAGCGUCAAUUUCCGCGAUGAUCCAUUUUUAUUUAUACAAUGGCACCUCUCGGCUAACGGAACGCCAUUCUACUUUCCCUACUCUUUUGAAUAUAAAUUCAUAUAUCCCCAGAUUAAUGCAA